CGUUCUCUAACUCGAAUUGGAUCAGUUCCUUAGCACACAUUCACGAGACCUGACCAGAUCCUAAAACUCCUGCUCGCGAGAAAAAAAGGAUCCCCGCGGAAACAGUGAUCCGAGUGCGUGCACAGUGACUCGCUUGUCAAAAUUUCGAUUGGUAUCUCAACGAUCGAUUGCGAAGGCGGGAAGAUGACGGCAACAGUGGUGUUAUUGCUUCUCACGGUUACAGUAGCUUAUUCUCUGCCGCUCGCCAAUGUGCACGUGAAAUUCGUGUCGCCUCCCAAUGUGUACGAGCACAGCAUUACGACAGAUGUUCAUUCCUCUUCAGGCGAUCAAACGCUAGCGCAAAACUCAUUCAUCUCGAUUGGCCGAAGAAGCGCAACGAAGCGUAUCAAGAAUAACGAUUACGGUCAUAGAACGAAUUUGCGGCAAAAUCACUUACAACAUGCGAUACCAGUAACGAAUUCCGGAAGCGCCGAAGCUCUUUGGCCAGUUGGCGUUUUCUUGCCGCCAGUUGAUGUCAAUGAUCUCGGAUAUAGUUGGCACGAGACGCAGCGCGAGCUUCCCAAUUUCUACAAAUCGUCAGGACGAGAUCCGUAUUUAUUAACUGGUCGUGAAGCAAUGACGGCUGUCAAAUAUCUUUACAGCCUAGGCGAAUUAUUCUUCGACAAUUACCCGCACACGAAAGCACUGUUGCGAAAUCAGGAAGAGAGGAGACGAAACGGUCUGCACGGACAUGUUCUGAGCAGUCUAAAUCCCAGAUCUCCGUUUUACAGGAAAGGUGCCAGUCGUAAUUAAGCUAAGAGUGAUCGGAUUGAAAAGUUAUUUAUACUCAAACUGGCGAAAAAUUUUUGUGCAUAAGCUUAAUCUUACUUAUUAAUACGUAACAUUUUUUACUAAACCGUUUAAAGAAUUUUGUAAUAUAUUGAGAAACAAAAUAUAAAGAAUUAAAAAGU